AUGACCUCUCUUCAAGGACCAAACAAUUUUGCUGAUGACGGUAGCGCCAUUAUAGAGCGCGUACUUGAUGUGAAAAGCCAAAGAUUGGCGAAUUCUGAUAAACAAUUAGAAGAAAUUUAUGAAAUUGACAGAACCAUGAAAGCAUUAAUGGACGGUGGGUUUGAUAAGGUCGCACUACAGUUUCCUGAUGAAUUAUUGGCCGAUUCCGUUAAAGUUGCUACAAUUUUAAGAGAGAAAAUCAAGAAAAAGAUUUUUAUUCUGGCGGAUACUUCAUAUGGAAGCUGUUGUGUAGAUGAAAUAGCAGCUCAACAUGUCGACGCAGAAUGUAUUAUUCAUUAUGGCCGUUCAUGUCUAAGCCCUACUUCGCGACUUCCCGUAUUAUACGUGUUUGGAAAACAACCUAUCGUCUUAGUUCAUUGUUUAGAGUCAUUUGAUGAGUUGUUUAAACAGGACAAGAAUCAACCAUUACUUAUAAUGUAUGAUGUCGUUUACUCAUAUUGCAUAAAUGAUUUCGUCCUUGAAUUGCGUAAUGGAAAAAAUUAUACAAAUAUUAUCCAGUCCUUUGUUAUGUUAGAAUUUAAUUUUUUAAAAGAUACACCAGUUUCAAACCAUCGAGGAAGGCAUUAUUCAUUACCAGAAAACACUUCAAUUGAUAAUUGUUCGAUAUUUUAUAUCGGUGGUGAAAGCUUAACUUUAACUAAUAUAUUAAUGACAUAUAACAAGUGCAAGGUUUAUUCAUAUAAUCCGGAAACACGGAUAGGGAGGCAAGAGAGCAUACAUGUGAAUAAAGCUUUAAUGAAACGGUAUUGUUCAUUAUGA